CAAACUAAACUAAACUUGUAGGUAUCGGACAAUUAUUUCGUGUAGGUUUAUUAAAUAUCUCUUUUCUUUAUAAUAUUUACAGUGUAUCUUAUAUUAAAUGUAGUUAUUGGAUACAAAUUUUUUGUGUGACUUGUGAAAAGUGCCAAAUUGAUGUUUUAUUUUAAACGGUAUUAUGAAUCAGGUUGAUCAAAAUAUAAACAAAGAUAUGAUUGACUCUGAUCUGAUUGACGUGGAUUCUUUGGAUUUUUCUGAUGAUCAGACAUGGCUAUUUACAAUACCUGAGGAUUCUGGUCAGAAAGUAGACUUAGUAGAGUUUAAUCUGGCAUGCGACUGGCCUAUCAAUGAAGAUGAAGAGUAUCUGGCAUUAGAGAAGGAACUGAAUACUAUAUUGGAUAAUCUUCUCAAGAAUGAAGUGGCGUUGCUCGAUAAGCAAAAGUUCGACUCGCGUACUUACGUCAAGCCAAAGAAGCGUACGCAAAGGCCGAGCAUACAAAGCAUCGUCGAGGUGACAUCCAACCCGCCUUCGAUGUCACCGCACUCGUCGCUGAAUCCAUCCCCCAACAAGUAUCUGACGUACAACAAAUAUAGCAACCCGUUGGGUCCAAUCAGCCCUAUGUUGAGACUGAAAACAUUCAACGUUGACACCAACACUGAUAAUAGCCAUGUGGUUAAGGAAUAUGCGAUGAAAAGGCGUAGCGUGACCCAUGAUGAUGACCCACAGCUUGAAGAUGUCGAUGGAGAAAACUCAUCCGAGCACGUGCCCUUCAAAGCAAUUAACAUCGACCUAUCACAACCGGCGCACAAUAUACACAACACAUUCAACAAAGGCAUCAUGCACAUCAUGCCCGAAAGUGGUAGCAUGCACAUGUACCAAAGCGGGGAAUCCCUCAUGCGCAUGUCACCUCCAAGCCUCGUAUCGUCGAUGUUAAUGGAAAACUCUGGAAACUUCAAUGUCGAGUCCAUGGACAGUAGAAAAUCGCUGAGAGAUUCAGGGCUACCAAUGUCAGGGCGAGAUAGUAUAGAUCCAAUGAUGACGAGUAUGACACUCAGCAUCUUGGACGAAAAGGAUAUGAGCACGAGUUUUCUCUCGCAAACCACAUAUCCCGACAACGACAGCUUCAUGGACUCCUUACCACCCAGUUUAGUCAAUUCAGUUAACUCCUCCUACGUUGUUUCAAACACUUCCAAAGCUAGAACUGAUACGACCGAUACAAAUAUAUUUAGCUCGGCAACAUUCACUCAUCUAGAACAAUCCGAAAUACUUCUAUCGGCCAGACCGAGAUGUCAUUUAUAUAAUAGUUUCUCUAAACGGGAAUCGAUUAAAAAUUCCGAAAGUUACACAAAAGCGAGGGAAGAGGCUUGUCAAAUCGAUACAGUUAAAAUUCUAAAUGAAAACUCCGAUAUCAAUUUGGGUGUACCGCAACUUAAAAACUCCCCGAAAUCUCUAAACAAGACCAACGGAGAGAUGAGUGAAACGAUAACCUUACACUACUCUAACAAUAAAUUCAGGCGAGACAAUGAUGCAGAGAAAGAAAACCUAAACAGAACUUUUCAAAGCGAUGAUACCUUCUACAAAGACAUGGGCAUCCCCAGAACCCAUCCGGUCGAUCAAGGCAAGAACAGUUUGAAUGUGACCCUAGACAAACAAGAACUAAAUGAGAUUAUACAGGCACGGCAGAAGUUGUCAAUGGCGAGGAAAGCAUUGCCGAGCGAACCAGAAAAACCGUCGUCUCUAGUGAACCCAGUCGAUACGUCCCCAGUAAAGACGAUACAGCUUCCAAAUCAGACGAUAACAGUGCCAAAACAGAGCAUAGAAAAUGCCUCAGAACUGCUGUCCAGGCGAAGAGCGAUUAACAGUUAUGAGAGGCCAGAGGACCAUGUGAGGGAAACGCCGAAAAGAAACGCGACCUUCAAAAAAGCAUCCCCAACCACACCGAAAGCCAAUGCAAUGGACGCAACUGUUGUAUACGUUAAAACAGAUGAUACUAACAUCAUCGAUAUAAAUUCCGCCACUUUGAAUCUUAUUGAUUCUAGCGAAAGGAAUCAAGAGGAUUGGGGUCUUCAAGAACGAGCAAUGGUUGGCUCUAGUGAAAGUACAGGCACCGAUACAGGCACCUUUAGCUCGAGCAGUCCGCCUGAAAGUGUACCUGACACCGUAGAUCCUCGCACUCAAGUAGCAUCGACACCACUAAUGUCUACCAAAAAGGGUGUAAAGAAUGAAUUCUUGGACAUCCAUAGCACUAUAUCACCAAUUUAUGAUAUGGUCGACGACAAAUCCUACACGGUGACCAGAGUGCAGAGUUCUGCUGAUAAUAUGGUGAAAACAUACGACCUGAACACAACAGUCAUUAAUAGUGCAACCUUGGUUAAAAAGACUGCGGCUAAAAGGGAUAUAUUGGCUACAAAGAAUUAUCCAGAGAGGAAACUGUCCACCCCCACACAAAUGCAAAGGCCCUCUGUGAAUAGAGUUUCGCCUACGAACGGGUUAUACAGUGCUAUGCCACCGCCCGCAGCUCUCCCGAGGAAAACCGGGCUGCCAACAUCAAAACUCAGACAGUACAGCUCACAUAAGGAACUUAAUAGGAUACCUGGAAACCCCCCUUCAACCGCUGCAAGAGUGUUAGCGGGCCGGACUAUGGUACGGAGAGGGGUGUACGCGUCAAAUCCCGCCCUCAGUCCAACCGCGCCCGUCCCGCCCACACUCUCGAAUCUCACAAUACCACAACGGAGGGAGUCCUACACUAUCGCAACACAUCAGAGGGAAAUAGAACAAGAAAAACAAGAUAGGCCGAUGUUGCUGAAUCCCCCAGCGUUGGUUCGACAAGGGACAGAGACUUUGCGUAGGGAGCGACCUCAAAGUCAGCUCGUUGCGCCUAAAGAUCCACCGGUCACCCGGCCGUAUUCAAUAGCGGGUACCUCUCAUCUGCGGGUGUCCAGGCCCACAUCUGUGCCGCUACAGAAGCCUGCAACAGUUACGACACCGCAAAUGGAGCAGCCUCGACCGUCGUCAGGCGUCGAUCGCAUGUCUGCGCUGCCACGACCAUCCAGAUUGCCCGCGCCGAGGAGGGCACUGAGACCCCCAUCUGUAUACUCAGUGGCACCUCCGGGCGAUACGGAGCAAUACUGACCCACAAUUUGUUGUGCCAACUUCCUGGGCCUCUAGCCCUUGUAUUAUUAAUGUAAUAAACUAAAUCUAGCGUUAAUAAAACAAACUGUAAGAUCACAUUAGAAACAUAUUGAUAAACUUUGCUAUUGCCAACUUCGUCGUUGUUCUAACCGAUGAUCUUCCAAUGCUUGAGAUGCGAUUCCACGUGACUACGUAAAGGAGAACCCAUAUGCCCAGUAAUAGGCAGUUCUAGUGUGAUCUUAAAGCCUUUGAGAACUGUCAAUUAGUCUCAAACGAAUUUCUAUCACAUAAGCGAAUCGCUGGAGCGAAAACCCUGUCUUCAACAGAAAGCCGUGCGUGACAAAUCGACAGUGCUCAAAUAUGCUAAAAUAAUACGAAAUGAAUACGACUGAUUAACGAAAUUCGGUGUCUAUUAUCGAACUUUCAACCGCUUUCGUAUAAUUCUCUUUUGUAAAUGUAGAUAUUAUACAGAUUAAAAAUUAAUUGAAAAUUAAAAUGUUGCCAGUGUUGUUGCUCAUAGAUACUACCGUUUGAGAUUAAAAAUUUAAAUUACCAGUUUUUACAAUCUAUGGUAGCAAUACUGAUAUUUUUUUUUUUAAUUUGUUGAGCUGUUCGCACAUUACAAAUUUUAUUAUAACGUUAACCUACUAACAUCUAAUAUUACCACUGGUCAGGUUGCACUUUGUUUUUAUCUCCAAUUUAUUGACGCCAUUUUGGUGUCCAGUGAACCAGUGAAAAUUGUAAUUAAUAAAAACACUAUAUUGUUAGCUCCAACGACACAUGCAUGUCAAAUGUUCUAAAAUGAAGACCAAAUUGAAACUGUCAUUUGUGGGGUGAGUGCGUUAACCGAAUUUCUUUCGCGAAUUUGUAUUUCAAACUCAAUACAUCGCGUGCGAUUCGGUAUAUUGUAAUGUGCAAUCAGCUUUAGUAGUAAUAAUCGAUUGUUAAUGAAACGAUUUCGAAAGGAUUUAUAUAAUAAAAAAGGUAGUGUUCUCUUUGACGUUUACCGAACACUGCAAUAUUUUUUAAAGAAUAUCUUCAAAAAUCCUUGAUAAACGCCGAAAGUAGUAACGCAGCUUUUUAAUGUAACUGAAAGUCUAUAGAGAAUAUAUUUCCUUUCUUUUUAUGGAUUACUUUAAAAGUUUAACGGAAAGUCCAUAAUUAUAUUUUUUCAAAACUAACGUCGGCGAAUAACUUCUGCUAAGUAACUUUUUCCAAUACAAACUUUCAUAUGCUAUAACUCUACACUAUAAUAUACCCGUGAUGGAAAUAAGCCUUCUUUCUCAAUAAUUGAUUAUUCAAAAACAAAAAAAAAACAAAUUUAACUGGUAGUUGCACAGAUAAGCGUGUUGAGUAAAAAAAACAACGUCAGCUUUAUUCAGCUGGAUACUUUUAGUUAUAUUAAAAAGCAAGUUAUCCAACGUGACGGUAUAUUAAAACGUAUUAAAUUAAUUGCAAAAAAUGUAAGAAAAUGAUUAAUUAAGUUUUUUAAUAUAAUUUACCCCAUAACUUUAGGAUAAUAAUUUUUGUACGAAAUUUUUAAACUGACCAGUGUCAGAGUUUAUACUAUAACCUCCUUAAAUUUCUGAUAAACAUUUCACAGGAUGAAAGAUGAAGGUGUAUUAUGAAGACAAUAUUAUAAUUUGGCACUAGCAAUAAAAUUAGCUAAAGCUUAUUAAUGUAACGAAAACUUAUUUUGUACCCGUUUGUAUUCGUUACUGAUAGAACACAUUGUGUCGUUACUCGUGACUUUGAUAAAAAUCGCCUCAGUUAAAAAAUUAUAGCUUUGCAACUUAGAUAUUUUAAAGAUAGAUUUGUUUUAGACAAUCCUUCAUAGAAUAAGUAUAUUUUUUACAAGAAAAGCAAUUUCAGUUUAAUAACAAUAUUGAUAUAAAUUAAAUCUUAUCUGGUGAAAUAAUCUAUAUUCAUAAGAAACAUUUCUUAAACAAUACAAAGUGAAAAUGACAAAUGCGAUUAACGAAAUGCGUUUUUUAGUAACGAUUCGGUACUUACCAGUUACAGUUUCAGUAAACCCGAUACUUAGUAACGAAUACAUACGGGUUGCCAAAGUUGUAAUAAAAUAAAUUGUUGUAGUUCCUGACAUUUAAUACAUAUUUUCAAAAUUAAUGCACAAACAUUUUUUCAUUAGUUUUUUUAUUGACAUACUUUUGAUAUUUUUUUUACAUACACGGUUUAAGAUUUAAUGUAUUUCGACAUUCAAAAUUUUUUUUUUAGAAAAAUUUUGGUAUUGUCCUUUACCUGAGGAAGGAAAUUCACUUUUCAAGGAAUGAAAAGUAUCCAAUUUCACCCUCACAUUCUGACGCUCUCUUGUAUUUAACUCAAAAUUCCAAAUUACCACCUAAAUUCACUAUUUGGUACAAAUACAUACAAACUAAGAUAAUAUUAUUUCUAUGUUAUAUACAAAUUUAGUGCGUAAUAAUUAUUAAUAUUGAGUAUCGACCACUUCGGAGUUAGUUAUUUAUUUUUCAGAUUAAGACAAUAUUUGCAUUUUGUUUAGAGAUGGUAUUCAUAUAAGGAUGUGUAAAUGUAUUUUUGCUUUAGACGUAAAAUUUAUUAUAAAAAAAAUAAACCUUGGGAUAGUAAGUUCAUAAAACACUUUGGAAACUUAAAAGUAUAAAAAUUCCGGUCUUGUAUUUUACAUUAAAGCUUUUGAUAUACUGGAAUUAAAAACAAUUCCAAAUUAUUUACACGCACAAUUUAUUACACGAUUUUCAACGAAAUAUUUUAGAAAUGCAGGAUUAUCUAAUGUUAAAAUGUUAAAAUCACUCAGUGUAGUUGGGUACAAAGCUGUUUAUAUGUAUACUUAUAAAUUAUGCAUGUAUAUUAUGUAAAGUUCGUUAUUAAUCUACCUUAAAAAUGUCUAUAAGUAACGCCUAUCGCUUUUCCUAUUAUAAAUAAAUAAACUUAAUAUACAUAUCGUUAAAACAGAAUAAUAUCAAUUCAGCUUAUAUUACUACAACGCAAAAAAAAUUAUAUCAAAUAUACUGACACUUUAUAAAAUUUUAAGACACAUAAUCACUGUUGCACACUUUGUAGAUGCACUUUGGGGAAAUAAAGUUUAAAAAAAAGCCUGUGAAAAUAAAUUAUUUAUAUUAAAUUCCAGUACGUUUCAUAUUAAAAUAAACUUAUAUCUUUUCCGUAAAAAAUGUUUUUCUGGGUUUUUUUAUUACGACGUAUGAUUAUUUCACAUUAUAAUCACUUUGCCAUAAAAAAUGUUGGUAAGUACUUGUUGGUUUUUUUAAUUGAAUAAUAAGCCCAGUAAAUUCCAUGACGUAAUAUUUCAAAUUGUAAUUAUUUUACCACAAGAAAUAUCGGUGAAUUUUGGGGACUAUAUAAUUUAUUAAUUUGCCAUAUAAUUUUGUUGGUAAGUAUUGUAAAUUGUAAAUUAUCCUUUGUACCGCCUGGAGCGUUACUUCAAAUUUUGAACAUACAUUUCUAUUUUCUAAUAAAUUAUAAAGUAAGUUAUACAUUUUAUUAUAAUUAUUUUAUAUUGCACAGAUUACGAAAAACAGACUAGACGGAAUCCUUAAGGUCAAGAUCGUGAGAAGUCCAUUAACCUGAACUAACCUCUAAAUACUGAAACAUCUUAUAGUUUAAGGUUAAAUUUGAUACAAAAUGCAAGAGUUCACCCGAGGUAUGGUUGCAUUUUAUUUAAGGAGGCCCUGUAACAUCAAUUGAUUGACUUAUCCGUAUUUGGAAGUUAGUGUAAGUUCAAAAUAAACUAAGUGAUAUGGGCGAUGCUAUAUACAUAUAUAUAUAUAUAUAUAUAUAUAUAUAUAUAUAUAUAUAUAUAUAUAUAUAUAUCUGUUUUGUAUGGACGUAAUUCUGCUCGUAAUUUGCAUCCAUUUUAUUAAUUAAUUACUCCAUAUAAAGUUAACAAAACUCCUCCAUAUAAAGUUUUGUAACAGUUGUAAACCGGUAGCGGCUAUUACCGCGAUAAGUAUACCAACGGCCCCGUUGAUAACGUGGACUGGUGGUACGCUGUAUGAAAGUUAUUUCAAGUAUUUUUGAAAACUUUGAAACGAAUACUGUAGCUAUCUCUUUAAAAGUAGUGAAAGCGAAAGUUUCAAUUGUAUUGCAGUUUGGGCAGGUACAAACAUACGCCUCGUUUUAAGAUUGGUACUGUACCAAUACGAUGCUACCACCGUUACUAUUCUCCUUUGGAUUCCGGCUACAAUUUUCCUAGUGUCUGUGUAACAUUGUGUAAAAUUGUGCAAAAUCUCAGAGAGUGCACAGGUGAAGCGAUCCUUCCACGCCGUGUUAUUAUUUAUUAGCCUGUCGAUCCAUCCGUUGCAUCGCUUUCUGACAUAUUCCGCCGUGUACGGUUUGUUUUGACACGUCGUGCCUUAUUUAGGUAGUGUAAGAAUUUUGUUUUCAUUUUCUAAUAAAAUUGUGUAUUUACAAA